AUGCUUUUACCUUCAGAAAUAAUUAAAAAAUUUAAUUUACAACAUUAUGGUGAUAUUAGAGGGAUAGAAGAGGAUAUUUUAAAUAGAGUAUUAAAUAUUGGAUCCUCUUAUUUUCUUUGUCAUCAAAAAAUACUUUUAGCCUUUUUAAAAAAGCACAACAAAUUAAAGACAGAUUUACAUACUAAAUAUGGUGGGAUUUUUAAAGAAAUAAAAAAAUAUUUCUUUUUUAAAGGUAUUCCCCCAGUUCUUUGUCAUGGAGAUUUUUGGGCUAAUAAUUUAUUUUUCUCAAACAAAAAUGAAAAACUUUCUGCUAUUUUAGAUUGGCAAACACCCCAUGCAAGUAAAUUAAAAAAUAAAAAUUUGUUUGAAUUAAUUAAUUUAGAUACAGGUUUAAAUGACAUUCUUCGUUUAAUUUUUACUGGCGUUAAUUCCAAAUUAAGAAAAGAAAAAUUUUGGGAAUGGAUAAAUUUAUAUUUUGAUAAUUUACAAAAAGAAAGUCAAAAAUUGGGUAUUUCAAUUAAUUAUUCAAAAGAAUUGAGAAUAUUACUUUAUUCAGAACAACGCCAUUUCGAAUUAAGUAUUUCAUUUUUAAUAUUAACAACAGUCUUUCCUGGAGCUAAAACAUUUAAACAUCAAAGAGAUUUACAAGAAAGAAUUGAAACUCUUUUUGAAGAAUUUAGAAAAGAAUAUAAAUUAUUAUUAAAUAAAAAAGAAGGAGGAGGAAAUAAAAAUAAUUUUUGUAAAAUUAAUUAA